ACUCCAGACAAACAAACCGAGUUCGGGUGGCUCCGAUAUUGAAUUCAACUCUGUGCCUUUUGUACGCUUAUUGCCUCAUCGCCGGAGACAUAAAAUUGCUCUUGAAAGCUAAGUUUAAAUCGUUAAUAAGAGAGCGGAAAAGGAGUGAAACUUCUUUAUGGAGUUUUCAAUCGAAAAAUGGUAUGCUUGAAUGUUGUGAUAGUCAGCUCACUUUCAGAACCGGCUCUGAACCUGUUGUUGUUUUUAUGACAAGCUUUGAUUGCGUCCAUUCAACUCAGUGCGGUGAAUGUGGCUGUGCUACUGUCAUUACGUUGCAUUAGCCUGACAGAUGAAAAGAUACUUUAUAGCUCAGAAAAGCAGAACAUCCAUCUAAAAGGCUAAAAGGUCAUACGAACAAACACAGUAAUCGUGUUAGAGGAAUGCGUGCCACCACGUAUCUGCUAGCAAGGCAAAGUACAUCAUCAACAUGUUACAUCCAGAAAGAUGCACAAUAUGUGCGUAUAAUCAGAAAACGUCGUUUCUUUGAGAAUAUGUCAAGUCUAAGGAUGCACGGCAGUCAAGUGGAACAAUAGAAGCGAUCUGCUGAAUAACUUUGUGAUAGCUUAGAAACAGUGCGUCGUGACAAGAAAACAUUUCGAUAUCCGGAUUUAGAAACUGGCUAGCGUAAUAGAUAUUCAACAACUGGAUUAAAUUACCCACAUCAAAGGCGAAAGGCCAAAGGAAUUUAUCAAGACAAGAGAACGGAACUGACGGAGUAGUUUAAUUAUCUAAAUGGAAAUGAAUUUGGCGUGUCAAGCAGUAUAUUUGAUUGACCGGUGUUUUUGAGUUGACGCAAACAGUGGGUUUCCAGAAGCUUAUAGAACACUGUUUCGUUGAUUGACUUCGAAUUCACUCAUCUAACACUGAGAGCGGAUUUCGAGAGUGAAGGCGACAGGAUUUCAAGCUUUAAUUGGAAAGGAAAGUUUACAGACUUCAGAGAGUGCGACGGCAAAAUCCACUUAUCAACUACUUGCUAAUAGAAUUCAAAAAGGUACAUCUUCAUUGAAAGAUUAUUAGCACGAAAGGUGGACGAAACGUGGCAAGGUUUUCUGUCUACACGCAAUGGCCACGAACGCAAAUUUCAGUUCUGCAUCACCGCAGUGCACACAUGAUCUCGAUUCACCGACUGAGCAAGUUUUCAAGACUAUUGCGUACUUCAUCAUCAUGUUCGGUUCACUGAUCGGUAACGUGUUGGUCAUAUGUGUCGUUAUUAUUAACAGGCAAAUGCGAACUGUCACAAAUUAUCUCAUAGUAAAUAUGGCCGUGGCAGACCUUCUGAUUACAGCCUUUAGCAUGCCAGUGACCAUUAAACUGCUUGUGACAGGACACAUGGAUUGGUCAAACGGGGUAUUCUCUGACAUAUUGUGCAAGAUCAUCCCAUUUACCCAAUACCUCUCGAUAGCAAGCUCAGUUUUGACUUUGACAGCAAUCGCUUUUGACCGAUUUUUGGCUGUCGUGUUUCCUUUAAAGCGAUACAUGACUUUUCAGGUAUCAUACGGUAUAAUGGUAGUUGUAUGGAUCGUGAGCAUCGCUGUUACUUCUCCAUUUCUUUACGCUCAGAAAGUCAUCAUGAUUAAGGGAGAAUGGUUCUGCAUGGAGAUUUGGACUCCGGCUUUCACAGAAGAGGCAUCUAAACACUUGACCAUUGUUAUCUUCGUCGUUUUUUACCUAGUUCCACUAUUAACUAUGUCACUACUGUAUAGCUUUAUCGUUCUCAAACUUUGGGUGAGAAAAGUUCCGGGUAAUCAAACCGCCGAAAAUCAACGACGCUCUGAUAAAUCGAAGAAGAAAGUUCUUAUUAUGCUGAUGACAGUGGUGAUUCUUUUUGCACUGUGUUGGCUGCCCGUGUACAUUAGCCAGUUCAUUUAUUUCUUCGAUAAAGAGAACUUUCCUUGCGGUCCUCCGGCGGUCCUCAGUUUCAUGGGUUACUUUCUGGGUCAUGCAAACAGCGCAAUAAAUCCCACUAUAUAUGCGAUAUUUAAUUCUAACUUUCGCAAAGGAUUCAGAGACAUUUUGCUGUGUCGUUGUCGUAGGAACAGGGUAGCUCCGCAGACCAAUGUAGGGUCAGGAAUUGGCCGAGAUGGUACUUUUGGCGGGGUUGCCUUGACGCGCGUGCGUCCUCGCGCGCCCUCGAAUUUACAAUAGAGCUAAAGAGGGAAAAGAAACCAAGAGUAAUGUAUUAUCGUUCCAUAAAACGCAACAUUUCAAAACUUUACACUGAAGGUUGUACGUUUUAUUACACAUCUCACAAUAUCAUUAGAUUGACUCGCUGUGAAAUAAGUCCUUUAAAAAGCCUUUGCUGGCAGGUGUUAUAUUUUCCAACAGAAAACAAUUAGCAAUUUAUAACAAGCUUGAAAAGAUUGUAUUGCACGCCCGAUUUGUGUAAAUCGCAACUGUACGACAUGUAAACACAGUGUAUUGAAAGCCGUGUCAAGCAUUAGCAGUAAGUGAUGAAAAUGUUUUCAAAUCCUCGCACGAAACCCAACGCCUCAGGCUAGGCGAUCCAUUUAAAUGUUUAUCUACCCCCUUCAGCCGUAAAAAAGUAAUUGAUUUUGAAUUUCCGUUACUCCAUGUUGUAUACUCUGUAAACUUGUCAGUAUUAAAAACGUAAUAAAGUUUAUCAUCUUUAUCGA